AAACACAAAACGAAAUGAAAAUUAAAUAAUUAUUUCAGUAGAAAUUCUUAUAAAAUAAUAUGUUAAAUAAUUAAAAUACUUUAGCAUGCAUCAUUUGCAUUGGUCUCGAUUAUCUGAAGCAAUCUUUAAAUUUGGUUGUAGCAUAUAAUUUCUAAUCGAUUAUCCGAAGUAAUUUUCAAAUUUGGUUGUAGCAUAUAAUUUCUAAAUUAAGUGCCAAUGUUACUCGGAUCAAUUUUUUGUUUAACUUUUAAAUUUCAAACCAAAUUUUAGUUUUUGACAGAAAAUUAUAAGAAAACAAGAAAACAGAAAAUCGAAAUCUACACAAGAAAAACUAUAACAAUAACUAGCGAGAUAAAAAUAUCACUAAAAAUUAGUGGUGGGUUUGCGGGUCAACAAAACCGUCAAAACCAUAAUCAUUGUAUCUUUAUUAAUUAUGAAAUUGUAUACUGUCAUAGUAGCGUUUUAAAUGAUUAGAAGUCAUUUUGUAAAUGAUAAUAAAUCGCUUUUUUGUAUACAAAUUUUGGAAGUUAGUUUUUAUAAAUCGCUUUUUUUGUAUACAAAUUUUGGAAGUUAGUUUUGAUUUUGGCAUGAGUGUUUUUUAAUUUAAAACUCAAAGUUUCUAGAAGAUUUUAGUUUUCUUGUUGCAAAGGACAUGAAAUCUCAAUCCACGUCUCGGACGCCGAAGCAGCCGAGCAAUAUGCGCCUUUCCAUUUACUUUUUUUGUUAUAUGGGUAAUUGUGUUUGUUUUAGAAAAUAAAACCAGCUUUAAUUUGUUAAAAGUUCGAUUUAGAAACCCUUUUACAAAAAUUUUAGUAUUCUGGUCCAUAUAUGAAACUUUUAAAUCCAGCUUUUGCUUAGUCAACACACGUGCGGACAAUCAAAGUCAAACAUAUUCUCCAACCUUGCGUUGCCUGUGAGCCCACCACGACCUAUAGUUUCUCUUUAUUUUUUCUUUAUUCACUUGGAAGUUGAAACAUAUAUUUUUUUUGUAAGAAAAUGCAUGUUAUCACCCAAGGAAGCACAUAUUUUACAAACAUAUGCUGUGUUUUACCGUUCCACAUGACUAUAAAUCCAUCUUUUCAAAAAAAAAAACAUGACUAUAAAUCCAGAAGCUUAGAAAUUCUUUAUACUUUAAAUAAUAGUAUUUAAAAGAUGAAAUUUCAAUGCCUAAGAAAAUUCUUAGUAUAUAUGUAGAAGCCCGAAUAUUAGGUCUUAGUUAGGACCCACAUUUGUUUCCCCGCCUAUAAAUUUCUCAAAUCAAAUCCCGUCAAACACAUGCAGCAGAAAAAAAAUACACAACCACGUAUUCGAGUUAACACAUACGCAAGAAAAAAAAUCCUUGUUUAUUGUUCAAUAUUAUAAACUCUCUACACAGACACACACACAUAUUUAUGGAACAAGGAGGUCGUGGUAGCGGUGCAGGUGAGCAAGGAAAGUACCGGGGAGUUCGAAGACGGCCUUGGGGAAAAUACGCGGCGGAGAUACGCGACUCGAGGAAGCAUGGUGAACGUGUAUGGCUCGGAACGUUUGAUACUGCGGAGGAAGCAGCCAGAGCUUAUGAUCAAGCAGCCUACUCCAUGAGAGGCCAAGCCGCGAUUUUAAAUUUCCCUCAUGAGUAUAACAUGGGUAGUGGUGGUUCGGCCACGGUGGCUGGAUCUUCGUCCUCCUCCGCUUCUUCUUCUAGGCAAGUUUUUGAAUUUGAGUAUUUGGAUGACAGUGUUUUGGAGGAACUUCUCGAGGAUCGAGAGAAUCCCAGCAAGAACAACAUUAACAAGGGAAAGAAGAAGUGACAAGUGAAAUGUUAUUGUUCAUCACUUAUCACAAAAUCAACAAAGUUUAUGAGAUAAUUAGUAUAUACAAAUAAACUACAUGCAAUAUAUGACCAUGUUUGGAGCAUUAGGAACCACUAUGUUUUUCGAAUGAAAGCGACCGAUUGGUGGUGUCCUAUUUUACUUUUCUGGAAUAUGUGAAAUGAUUUGAAAAGCAUGUCAAACUAUACAAAGACAUCUUCUGAUGAUUGUUCAGAAUGCAAACUUUAUGAUCUUAUAUCGCUCAGAUCGUGAUCGUGAUGAUAAAUAAAGUAGUA